AUGGAUACGGUACAGGAAGAAGGUCAUGGCAUUUCACACGAAUGUCAAAGGCCCAUAGCAGUUGCCAUUGGAAAAUGGGCUAAACCCUUGCUCAAGGCUCAUAAGUAUUUGAGUGUCAUCACAGCUUCUCCACUGAAAUCUAGAAGAAAUAAUGACAAAGAGAUUCUUCAAUCGUUUGUGCGGGAACCUGAAUGCUGCAUCGUGUUCUGUGUUCAUGCCAAGGACUUUAUCUAUAUAAAGGAUGAUCCACUUCCGGCAAAAUUGAAUGGCAUAAGUACAGACGUGAUGGAAGGUGCUUUUGUUACCUUUGGACGUUUAGCGCAUGAGUCACAUGACACAUUACCGAUGGGAUGUGAACUAGGAAGAGAGGAAAGCACAGAUAUUGGAACUCUUGGUGGCUUUAUAGAUCACCCAGAAUAUGGACUGUGUGGAAUAACUAGCGGACACAUAUGUCUGGAUCAUGCGGAGUAUGAUGCUUGUGUAAAGAACAAUGGACGGCUUAUGUUAACACAAUGGCCUGAAGGCAGUCGUGGGCGAAGAAUGUUUCAACCUGCGAAACUUCGAAAUGGCGUUGAGGUUGGUCAACUUGUGGAAGUACUUUAUCAAGUGGGCAGUCAUUUGGAAUCAGGUUUCGAUGUUGCGUUGUUCCAGAUAGAAAACAAAUAUCCAGAAGACGGAAAUUUUCCUGCUGAGAAAAUUAACGACAAAUUGCGUGAUGUAGGAUAUACGUUUAAGGGUGGAAACGUUUGUGGUUUGACCCGAGCAGCCGGCAAGCCUUUGUGGAAAUUUGGGCGAACAUCUGGAUCAACAACAGGCAAAGCGAACCUUAAAACUCCAACAGCCGUAAAGGAAGCUCCUUUUUAUUGGAAAACACCUGAUAAAUACCAGAUUACACUAAUGAACCAAUUCGAGGUGUCUCCAAUAGACAUUGGUCAAAACAAGAUGUUUGCUAACCACGGUGACUCAGGAGCUCUUGUGUUUAUUGAUGAAGACAAAGACGAUUUAAAAUGUGUUGGAAUGGUGGCGGGAGGGGUAGGUGGUACCUCAAUUGCUAUUAUAUCCCCGAUUUCUCCUAUUCUUAAACAUUGCAACGUCACAAAGUUUCAUUCGUUUUACAACACUCCGAGACAAAAUAGUGAAGCUAUGCAGAGCCUGGAAAAAAGAUUGGAACAAAGAAUGGACACCAUGUAUUCACGGCUAGAUCAGCGAAUUGACGAUAAUUUUAGAAGACUAUUUACAAUGCUAGAGCAACAAAGCAAUAAAGUUUCGAACACAUCAAACCAUGAAGAAAGGCCAUCUACUCGAGAAAUGGACACAAGCAGUAAAGAGUAAAGGACAUAUAUAUUAGACACUUGAGCAGCACGAUCACUUACAUCAAG